CAGCACAUCAGUCGCAUCCACACCCUAAAACAUCCUGGGGGGCCCCAGGUGGUGUGGAAGCCAGCAGGGCCUCGGGGGCCGGAGAGCCAGGCAGGGAUCGAAUAACCCACCACCGGAACCAGCCCUGCCCCGAACGUUGCGCACCCUCGGGGCCAUGGCCGUGGCCGUCUUAAUACCUCGUCUUCUCCGCCGCUCCGCUCCAUCUCUUUCCCUCAGCUCCCUCUGCAGCGAACGCCGCCCCUGUGCGCCCCUGGUCGUCCCUGAAGUGUUCGUCCUAGCCUCGCAGUCUUUCGGAUCGCGUUACUCGAUCGCCCGUCAACCACUCGUCCCAGGCGCGAGGAUAAGAGCAAUUGGUCUGGUUUUCAAUGAGCCGCACCCGAACUUAAUCCCGCCACGCGAUCCCUGUCUUGUGCCCGCCGACCACCUCUCGAACCCAGCCUUGGCGGAACCGUGAGGCUGUCCAUUCGCCAAGCGAGCCGAAGCGAACCCUCAGUCUCCUUUCGUUUUCUAGAAAUCGCUCCUUCGCUGUCACCUUUUUCGACACACACCCGCCUUUUAAUCUGUUUGCCUUGCCCCCUUUCUUACCUCUCCUCAUCUUUGCCUCAUUCCCUUUGGCUCCCCGGCCUUCUUCACUGCGACCCUCCCACGACCUUGACUCGACCCUGCACUGCGGUCGCACAGCGGCGGAAGCGCCGCUACCUGCGUGUCCUGGACGCCGUCGUCAUAAUCAACAGCGCCAUCUCCCUCGCGGCCGAGCUUUGCGAAUGCGCGCGCCGCACCACCGUUCGCCAUCCACCUGUGCGCCCCUCCCGAGGCAGAUUCCCGAAACAGGCCAUAAUUCCAACCCAAUCCCGACCUCGACCCCUUGCCAUACAAAAUGGCGGGCUUCUUUAAGCAUCUAAAAUCCGGCGCAGGCUCGUCGGGAUCCUCGGCUAAUGCCGCGGCAGGCAAGAAGAAGGAGGAGCCGGCUCCGGAGCUGACGCCUCUAGAGAAGAUGCUGCAAAACGCCGGGCCUCUCCGCGAGGAUGGAAGCGACAAGUUCUUCGGCCUAGAAAACUUUGGAAACACAUGUUACUGCAACUCGAUCGUACAAGCAUUAUACUACUCCGAGACCUUCAGAGAGAACGUCGUCAACUACCCGCCAUUCUCGCCCUCCGAUACCCCGAAUGGCAAGCGCGCCAAGGUCAACGUGCAAAUACGACCGCCUGCAGCCGCCAACGAAGACCAGCCGCCCGCAGGCAAGAAGCUGACAGCCGCGCAGGCCCUCGAGCAGAGGAAAAAGAUAAACGCGGGCCAGGGACUGCCAUUGCGACCCGAGGACAAGCCCGACUCGCCUGAGUACAAGAAGAAGCAGGCGAUGCUGAAGGGGCCCGUCCUGGAGCUGGCACAGGAAAACUCGACUGCGUACGGGAUGCAAGAGAGCACAUUUACCGGCCUCAAGGAUUUGUUCAUGGCCCUCAUCGAGAGCCAGACCAGGACCGGCGUCCUGAGUCCGCAGCGCUUCCUCGAGAUCUUCAAGCGCGACAACGAGAUGUUCCGCAACUCGAUGCAUCAAGAUGCACACGAAUUCUACGGCCUCGUGCUGAACGACGUCAUUUCCAACGUCGAGGCCAACGCCAAGAAGCUUCGGGAGCUGGACGAGGCACGAGCCAAAGACGCCCUGGCGCAGUCGGUAGAAAAGGCCCUCGGCGCCUCUGUCAGCGCUUUGGCGCGACCGCAACCAGGGGCCAGGUCACCCGGCACGGGAUGGGUCCACGACAUCUUCGAGGGCCUGCUAACAUCGGAGACCAAGUGCCUCACCUGUGAAACCGCCUCUCAGAGGGACGAGACGUUCCUAGAUCUGUCUAUUGACCUAGAAGAGCAUUCGUCCGUCACGGCCUGUCUCCAGAAAUUCUCGGCUGAGGAGAUGCUGUGCGAGCGGAACAAGUUCCACUGCGACCACUGCGGCGGGCUCCAGGAGGCUGAGAAGCGCAUGAAGGUCAAGAGGCUCCCCAAGGUCCUCGCGCUGCACCUGAAGCGUUUCAAGUACACUGAGGAUUACAGCCGGCUGCAGAAGUUAUUUCACCGAGUCGUGUACCCUUACCAGCUCAGGAUGUUCAACACCACAGAGGAGGCCGCAGACCCGGACCGAGUCUACGAGCUCUAUGCCGUCGUGGUCCACAUCGGCCCGAAUGCGCUACAUGGCCAUUACGUUUCCGUCAUCAAGACACCUGGUCGUGGCUGGCUGUUAUUCGACGACGAGAUGGUCGAGCCCGUUGACAAGCAUUUUGUUCGCAACUUCUUCGGCGACAAGCCGGGGAACACAGCGUGCGCUUACGUGCUUUUUUACCAGGAGACGACGUUGGAGAAGGUCAUGGCAGAGCAGGAUGCCGAAGGGCUGGAGGAAAUCAAGCUGGCAACACAAACAGCGGAUCUCGCGACCGAGCAGGCCAACGGGACCGCAGUUCCGCUAACCAAACAGGUCACGGCGCCCAUGCAGCCGGUCGAGGAACACGAUGCGCUCGCUGCCCUGGAUCACGCCAUCACCGCGCCAAACGGCGCCAUCGUCCCGCCUCCCGUUGUACCACCAUCUACUCACCCGCUCGCGGCCGCCCCUCCACCUAUGCCAGCUGCGGUCAAGCAGUCCAAGGAGGAGAAGGAACGGGAAAAGAAGGAGCAGAAGGCGCAAGAAAAGGCCAAAAAGAUGGCCGAGAAAGAGCAGGCCAAGCUCGAGGAGAAGCAGAGGAAGGAGAGGGAACAGCGGCAGAAAUCAGCACGCAAGAGCGAGCUCGACGACAUGAGGAAAGCUCUACAGGCGAGCAAGCAGACAGCAGUUGAGGAAGAGGAAAAGCAGAAAAAAGAGAACGGAGCAUCCUCUCUCAAGGACGUCAGCAACGGCAACGGCACAGCGAGCGGGAAGCUGGCCUCGAGUGCCGUCAGCGGACUCAUUAAUCGAUCCAAGACUGUUGGAGGCAUGUCUCGCAGGAGCUUUGCCUUUCUCAACAAGGACAAGGACAGGGCCGACAGCGGAUCCUCGGAGCACGCCGCCUCCAAUGGCACACCGUCGUCUCCGCACGCUGAGGGCCCUAUCCCUGGGCCUGGGAGACUGAAAGAGAGGUUCAGCUUCAAUAUUGGAAGAAAGAAGAGUAGCAACCUGUUCUCAUAACGGGAUGCCGACAUAAGUAGCCCCCGCUUUGCCUGCGACACUAUGAAGACGGCCGAGCUGCGCUCACCACGAUACGAACCGGCCGUUAUUAUCUUUUCUACACGCCACGUUGGCUUAAUACGCAUAUAUACAUCCAGGUUCGGCCACGCUAUCCCAUUUCUUAUCCCCAAGUACAUAUGUGCGGUCAUAUAUAUGGCCUGUACAAAGAAUGUUGGGAGGGACUAGCGCUUGUUUUGAUCUUGGGGGCGCGGUUUGUUGUUGGUUCAUUCUCAUGUCACGGAACGCAUCCAGGAACCGCUAGAUUCCAGUCUUGGGAAACGGCGAGGAGAAGGUCUGCAUGUCGGCAAUGUAGGCAUCAAAAAUAGACACAAACAUAUUAUCCAUGUCGCGCGAUAUCUUUGUCGAUGUGCACGUGCUGGUGAAUACCCUGAGUGCGCCUAACCAGCCCAUGGC